AUGAACAGUAAUAACAAUAAUAGUACAAGUAUUCAGCGAAAACAUAGUGCUCUAUUAAAACGAACUGAUUCUCUUGAAGUAUUACGUAAUCGCCAACAACAACAACAUCAUCAAAAUAAGAGUAGUCAAGUUUGUACGGGAUGUCUUGAACCAAAUCGUCUUUCAACCGCACAGUUUGUAGAAUCAACGAUAACAAAACAUUCGAAUAAAACGACGAAUAAUACAAAUAAUCUUUUUCAACCGAUCAUACCCGAAGAAACAGAUUUCACGAAUAAAUAUUACAACAAACCACCAUCACCAUUUCAAGUCGGUUUAAAGUGGCUGUUACGUCAGUCGCGCAAAAAUCUCGUUCAAAUCCUUCAUUCAUCAGAAAAUUUUGUUCAUACAAAUCAAAAUGCAGAGACCUAUAUAGCUCCGGAAAUUCGCAUACAAAAUGACCAUAAAGAACUAAAUACAGUGAUAACCGAUCGUUCUUCUCAAAAAGAUACUAUUUCAAUUAAAUCAACUGAUCAAUAUAAUACACAUUCGUCAAUGUCUGGUAGAAAACAAUUUCAAAAACCAAAAAACACUUUGCAUCAAACGUCAUCCACAACGUAUUACUCGUUUACACCAACAGUAAAAGAUGUCAACAAUAAUACACCAUUGUUGUCUGAUGAUGAUGAUGCUUCACCAUCUUAUUCAUAUAAAACAGCAAUUGAUAAUUUACCAGUCAAAACCUCUCGACAUCGUCGUCGUAGUUUCAAAGUCAAUGCUGACUCUGACAAUCACAUUCGAACAUUAGAUCGUAACAAUAAUAAUAGCAGCGAUUUAUCUAAAAAAAAGAAACAAAAGUUUUUUCUAGUCAUAUCUGAUUCCUAUUGUUUUUAUACAAGUCUGUUAUCUCUAUUUUGCGUUCUCUGUUCAUCUCUAGUUGGACUAUUAAUUUAUUCAAAUCAUCGUCUCGAUUCACGAUCCUAUUCUUGUCUGUUAAAAUAUAGUUUUUGGUUUCCCGAUGAAUCAAUACGUCUUCUGAAACAAGAAACUGGAAUUCAUUGUGCCUCAUCUACUGAGGAUAUCAAUUCUAUUAUUCUAUAUUAUGUACAAUUUACAUCACGUACAUAUCAAAUUGAAAUACGUCUCGAUUCACGAGCAUUAAAUUGUUAUGGUUUCGAUAUUUUAUCGUGUACUCAAAUGCAUUCACCAUUGAUAGACAAAAUUAAAUAUAAAAUACUUUCACCAACCAUUUAUUCACAAUUGCUUGAACAAUGUACAAGACUGGAGUAUAAAACGUUGACAACAACAACAACAAGCGGUAGUAAUGACGAUAAAUUAACAAAAUAUAAACUUUAUCUAUUAAAGAGAAAAACGUUGCCGGGUACUUUAUGUGGUGGAACGGGCAAUUUGGUUAGUGGUAAUUCGAAAAGAAAUGGUGCAAGUCCAUUAGAAGAUUAUUGUUGUUUGAAACAUGAUUUAUGUCAACCACGUUUACCAGCACAAACAACAAAAUGGUCAUUGACAAAUUUAAAUUCAAUAGAUCUUGUUCAUUGUGCAUGUGAUAUGGCACUCUACAAUUGUUUGAAUCAUGCGAAUACAACACUAGCACAUUACGUUGGUUAUAUCUAUUUUAAUUUAUUAAAAAUGAAAUGUUUUCAUUUUUCAACCACAUAUGAUUGUGAUAUUAAUCUAUUCGGAUAUUGUUUAAAAACAUCAAAACAUAAAAUAAUGUGCAAAGCAAAAUUUAGUAAAAAUCCGGUUUAUUGA